AUGAAGCAUGCCACAAUAUUGGCUAUAUCAGCAUCAGGGUCACAUAAAGUUAAAUAUCACAAGACCAAGCCCGGAGAGUUUUUGUUGGAGGGUAUUUUGGAUUGCAUCCAUGAAAUCACCACAGCACUUGCUUUUGCUGAUAGGAUGAGCGAUUCUGCAUACAGAGUCGAAACCACACCACGCCUUGCUCAAUGGAGAAUCGAAAACUCGGCUUCUUGCACUUACCGAAAAUCCGAUCCUUUCAAGAUCGGAAAGUGGAAUUGGCAUUUGUCAGUGGAGAAAAACAGGCUUUUUUUUGUUAAAUUGUUCCCAGAAAUAUCCAAUCUUACAAGAGACAACCCUCCAAUUGCAUCUUUCAUCAUUCGGGUUGUUAGUUCUGUUGGAGAUCGCAAGGCCAUCACACAUCCAGAAAUAAAGGACAAAUUGUUAAAGAACAACGACGAUUUUAUUUGGGCAAUUGAGGUUCCACUAACUGGGAAAUUCAUUAUUGACGUUGAGUUUCUGGAUUUGAAGACUGCAUCGCCAAACGGUGGAGAACCUUGUUCCAUUUGGGCAGAAGGGUUUACUCAGCUAAGAUCAAAUGCAAAUGCCAUUGAAUCUCUUGGUAGAAUGCUAACAGAAGGAAUUCACACUGACAUCACCAUCAAUGCUUCUGAUGGAAGUAUAGGAGCUCACAGAGCUGUUCUUGCUGCCAGAUCACCUGUAUUCCGCAGCAUGUUUUCACAUAAUCUUCAGGAGAAAGAGUUGUCAACCAUAAACAUCUCAGACAUGUCACUCGAAUCAUGCCAGGCUUUUCUCAAUUAUCUCUAUGGAAUCAUCAAACAUGAAGAGUUCAUGAUUCAUAGGUUGGCCCUUCUUCAUGCAGCUGACAAGUAUGACAUAUCAGAUUUAAGAGAUGCGUGCCAUGAGAGUCUUCUUGAAGACAUUGACACAAAAAAUGUACUUGAGAGGCUCCAAAAUGCAUCUCUAUAUCAGUUGAUGAAACUGAAGAUGAGUUGCAUCCGGUAUCUUGUGAAGUUUGGCAAAAUAUAUGAAAUUCGGGAUGAUUUCAAUACCUUCUUGCAUAACGCAGAUAGGGAUCUGAUUGCUGAAGUCUUCCAUGAAGUUCUUGAUGCUUGGAAAGGAUUCUGA